AUGUGGAAGCAUCUGGGAGGCUGGGGGCUGGUCAUCUUCUGCCUGCUGUCCUUCAGCCAGCUCCCUCCCGUCAAGGCGAGGGGCAUCAAACACAGGAUCAAGUGGGGCCGCAAGGCCUUGCCCAGCACCGUCCGGGUCACUGAGGCCCACGUGUCCGAGGUCAGGCCCGGCGCCUUCAUCAGGCAGGGGCGCAAGCUGGAUGUCGACUUAGGAGCAGAAGGUAACAAGUACUACGAGGCCAACUACUGGCAGUUCCCCGACGGCAUCCACUACAACAGCUGCUCCAAGGAGGCCAACGUGACCAAAGAGAAGUUUGUCAGCGGCUGCAUCAACGCCACCCGGGCGGCCAACCAGGAGGAGCUGACCCGCGAGAAGCAAGACAACAAGCUCUACCAGCGGGUGCUGUGGCGGCUGGUGAGGGAACUCUGCUCCGUCAAGCACUGUGAUUUCUGGCAAGAAAAGGGAGCGGGACCCCAGGUCACCGCAGGCCAGCCCGUGAUGCUCUGCUCGCUGGUGCUCACUUGGUUCAUGGUGCAGUGA